AAUAGUAAUUUUUCGAUUUAAAUAAGGAUUCUAUGACAACCAAACGCACGCGUGUGAAUAUUGCGAGUCUCAUGGUGACGACAGCUGCUGUCAAAAUGUGUCAUGCAGCAACUCGCUUUCGGCAGGUGCUAUAGCCGGCAUUGUCGUUGGAUCCCUUGCAGGCGCCGCCAUUAUCCUGUUUGCCCUCUUUUACUUCUUUUGCUGGCGACGGAGGGAUAAUACGCGCUUUUUACCCAUUUCCACCGUUGCGAACAACACCAUGGCUAAUGGUCACCAUAGAGACGAUGACGAAGCGCGCGAGCAUCUGGUCACCAACUAUGCGAACGGUGCAGCAUCGAUCGGGGUGUCGACUACAGCAGCGGGAACCAUUUCUACAGCGGUUGAGAUGGAUGAAAAGACACAACUGCCGUCACCCAAUCCUGUCGAGAUGGCCGAGCUGUUUUGUGAGGCGGUGCACAGCUAUCCACCUCAGGUACAAGACGAACUAGAUAUCCGUGAAGGCGAUAUUGUGUACCUGAUCUUCCAGCUGGACGAUGGAUGGGGCUAUGGGUUGAAUGUAUCGACUUCACAAACAGGCGUAUUCCCCUUGGUGUGUGUGGCACGAGCACGAGAAGAGUUGCUGGAACAAUUGCUUCUCAUGCCCAAUGACCAAGAACAGUUUGCUAAUGACAAGACUUUGGCGGAAGAAGAGCAGCAGGAAAUAUUACCGUCUUCUGCGGGUGCAUCGGUAUUAGUACCGCCACGACAACGAUCACCGUCACCUUUGCCAGCACAUUUAGAAAAGUCGCCUACAAGUGCAAGUAGUCAUAGUCUGCUACAAUGGCGGAUGCAGCAGAUCCGGGACGACGUGCGACGGUCUAUCAGUGUCAAUUCAUUGAAACGGAUCAGUCGACUGCCACGACCAGCACCACCUCCAGUCAAUGUCCAUCAUCAUAACACCGUGCCUACCAAGCGCGUCACUGACGCAUUGUCGCCACAACAACAGUUAUUCUCGGCGCCUAUCGCAUCUUCUGGACGAAUGGCACCACCACCGCCCGUACCACAUCAUAUGAAUGAAGAACACGAGAUGCAUCAUCCAAACCCACCUUCACUGCAAUGAUCAUAACUUACUACACGCACAAACAACAAACACACUCAAUUACCAACUCACUCAAUCAAUCAAUAGCACACUCACUCAAACUCACACUCACAUCCUAUAUGUAUAUUAUACUAAAAUUUUCUUCCUAAUUAAAAAAACUUACAAUACUUUUCACUAACUUUGGGGUGGUGAAAGGCGCAACUUGCU